GUGUUGUCUGACCGGAGGAUGAGGAGUCUUUAGGAGGCUAACAGCUAACGUCACGGAGCGGCGGCACCGGGCCCGUUUCUCUCGUUCCUUCAUGUUCUGACGUCGUCCAGCGGAGCCUUCACCGUCACGAACCGGACCGGACUUCACAUGUCCGCGGCUGUGCGCUGCCGGCGACCCGGGUAGCUCUGCGGGGAGAUGCGGCAGCAGCUAGCAGCUAGCCGUUAGCCCCGCAGCUGUUAUGUAAGCGCGGAGCGACUAGCCGCGCAGCUAACGUUAGCCGCCGCCAUGAAUGACGCGCAGCAAGAAAUGUCUCCGGACUUCGUGCUCAUGCGGCUCGUGUCCGCCGCGGAGUACGACCGGCUGGACGAGCCCGACGAGCUGAUGUCCGGGGGCGGCGGGUUCGGCCCCGUCAAAGCCGCGCUGGGCCGCCACGGCGGCGGGUUCGAUGUGGAUUCUGGCGGCCCCUCGGCAGGCCUCGGCUCGGCAUCACCGCAUUACAGCUCUCCGCUACCCGGGAAAGGAGAGCUGAGCGGCGGGCUGGGGCUGACGCAGGCCCCGUCGGGCUCCGAGACGCCGCUGUCGCCCCCUCCGUCCGAGGACUUUGUGGACUUCCCGGUGCCGCGCGGGCACGGCUCUGCGGGGCACGGAGCGCAGCUGAUGGUGCUCCAGAACUUGCUGCGGUCCGGAGACCGGAUCCUGGAGUGCGGGUUGGAGCAGCCGCCCCCGGGCUUCCUGCAGGAGGAGGCAGAGCGACAGAGACAGCAGCUGGACCCGGGGCCGGGCACGGGUCCCGGCAGCGCGACAGCUGGUCCCGGUGGAGGAAAGGACCAGAGCCCCCCUUCGCAGGUGAACCUGCAGCCGCAGCAGCUAUUGCAAUGGCACCCGGUCCUGAGGCUGGGCUCCCAGGCCCCCCAGCGGGGCGUCCCGGCUCUGGACUCGGAGUCUGGGUCGGUCCUGUGCCACACACACCACCUGCUGACAGACCGGCUGGCUAAGUGGCCCCCAGGCCUGCUGGACCAAGCCCUGCGGGCAGGACUACUGGAGCCCAGGAAAACCUGUCCCCCCAGAUGUCAGGACCCGGUCCUGGCUCCGGCCCAGAGGCCAGUACACCCGGGCGAGGGGAGGGAAGGAGGUGGCGGGCAGGAUCUGGUGCUCUCGCUUCCUCGCUGUUCCUGCCAUGGCGUCCUGGCCUCGGGGUCAGGGGGCAUUGGGCCUGGUGAGGACCCCAGCGAGACGAGCGACGCCCUGCUGGUCCUGGAGGGUCUGGGGUCAGAGGAGGUGGGGGGACUCGGGGCAGAGUCCGGGGAUGCGGAGGGGGAGGACACAGAGAAAACCGAGUGGGUGGUGGGUGCAGGGACGCCUGGGGGGGCGGGGUCUGUGUUCUCCAGUGGGACUCUCAGCGGGCUGAUGCGGCAGGUGCACAGACUGGCAGAGGAGGCGGGGGUGUGCACAGAUCAGAGCUGCCGGUCCUCACUCGCCGUUCUCGGCGCCACCGUGUCCCUCCCCUCCUGCGCGGACCCCCAGCCCCUCGUCGGCAGCACCGCCAACCCCUGCCCGUACCCGCCCGUCCGCUCACCACUCUCCCAGGCUGCUGCGGUGCUCCCCGACCCCCUCCCAUCCUCUGACCCAAGCCGUCGCCCACAGCAUCAGCACCAGUCGCGCUCCCAGCCACAGAGCCGUGCCGCUACCCCUAAACUGGGUGUGGCUUCUGGGGGAGCGGGUCGGUCAGCCUCCCCUCUGGUGGUCCUGGAGGGGGAGGGGGGUGCAGGAGGAAGGGAGGGGGAGAAGAUGCCACGGGGGAAGUCGAGGAAGGGGGGGUCGCUGAAAGUCCGGCUCAGCAAGCUAUUCAGAACCAAGAGCUCGAGUGGCGGCUCGGGGGACCUAGACAAGAGGCCGUCCUUAGCGUCGUCCACAUCAUCGGGUGGCAGCCUGUUGGACGUGUGGGGGUCCACCUGCAGCAACCCAGACCAGGACGGCAGGCUGCAGGUAUCCAGACCUCACAGUGCCUUCUCUCCGGUGCCCUUCACUCCGGCUUUCACCGGUGAGACGGUCUCUCUGGUCGAUGUGGAUAUUUCUCGGAGGGGGGAACUCUCUCCACCCCCCACUCCUCCUCCCCCUCCCAGACGGAGCCUCAGUUUGCUUGAUGAUUUCGGGGGUCCUCCUCAGCAGCACGGCCCCUUCAUGGAGCGCAGCGCCGGGGCCUCCAUGCAGUCGCUGCCCCCCCGACCGAUGGCCCUGCCCCCCUCCCUCAACACCAUCCAGCACAGCCUGAGCCUCAACGACACCUUCCUGCGAGGUUUACCUCGACCCGUCCCCGCGGCCCGACGGCCACCACCCGCCCCACGGCUCGCCCCUCGCUGCCCGCUCAGUCGACCCGAUGCCGGCAGCUUCGCCACCAGCCUCAGAGAGCUGGAGAAGUGCGGCUGGUACUGGGGGCCAAUGAACUGGGAGGACGCCGAGAUGAAGCUGAAGGGGAAACCGGACGGCUCGUUUCUGGUGCGGGACAGCUCAGACCCGCGCUACAUCCUGAGUCUGAGCUUCAGGUCGCAGGGAGUCACACACCACACACGCAUGGAGCACUACAGAGGGACGUUCAGCCUGUGGUGUCACCCAAAGUUUGAGGACCGCUGUCACUCGGUGGUGGAGUUCAUCGAGCGAGCCAUCAUGCACUCCAAGAACGGAAAGUUCCUGUACUUCCUGCGCUCGCGAGUCCCAGGUCUGCCGCCGACCCCGGUCCAGCUCCUGUACCCGGUCUCCAGGUUCAGCAGCGUUAAGUCUCUGCAGCAUCUCUGUCGCUUCUGCAUCAGACAGCUGGUCCGGAUCGACCACAUCCAGGAGCUGCCGCUGCCCACACCUCUGAUCGCCUACCUGAGGAAGUUUUAUUACUACGACCCCGAAGAGGAGAUCAGUCCCACGCUGAAGGAGGACAAGGAGCAGAAGGAGGAGAAGGAGCGGGUGACGGAGGGCGGUGGCCAGCUGGGGGUCGAGUCGCAAACGUAGCACCGGAGCCCGAAGCCGGCUUCUUUCCUUUUCUUUGUUUCUCGGACUCGAUCACUGAAGGAUGUUCAAAAAUCAAACUGAACUUUCAGACUUCAGCCAGUCGGCUCCCUCCGCUCAGUCCCGUAUUCGGGCGGGUUUCAGAUGAUCCACCCUCCUUUCAGCUCUCUGAUCGGCUCACGGGGAGUCGACUGGGGAGGGGCCGGGGAUGUGGAGACUCCGCCUCUCUUUUGAUGUCAUCGCUGAGCAGCCAGACAUCGAUGUUAGCUAAAAUCAGUAAAAGAGAAACGAGCUGAGAAAGUGUCGGUCGCCUCUGGGGUCCUCUGACGUGUGACGUGAAGAAGCACUUUGAGGCGAUACGAGAGGGUCUCUGAUCCCGAGAGCAGAAGGCGGUACAGAUUUAUCCCAGCUCAGAGCGCCGAGAGGUGACGAGGGCGCAGCACAAAGUGUUAAACGGUCCCCUGAAUGCACGAAAAGUUCUUUAAAUGGAUAAAACAUCACAGAAGAAACAAAUGAUUGAACCUUUUAAAGGUAAAUUUAAGCAGCUUUGAUUCGUCUGAUUAGCUGAUUUGUAGCUUGAUUCAUCAUAAAGAUAUUUGAUAGGCUCUAAUAUGCAGAGCGGUCAGCAUCAGCUGUGAGCUGGGAUCAGAGUCUGACCCAUACAUCCUCAAACGUCUGCCAUCUGUAAGAAUGUAGGAGACAUUUCUGGGUUUUGGAUCUGAAAACCUGGUGAUGAUGUGAAAGUGUUGCUCGAGGUGGCGUUCGUGGCGCCUCCGUCGGCCGAGGCGUUCAGGUGUCCCUGCUCUGAUCGCUUAAACAUUCAGGCAGGUUAGUUGUUCACUCCCACCGGAUCACGUCACCGCCCCAAAACUGAGGAUGUCCUCGUGACGUUUACGCUGCUGCUGAAGCGUGAGCGGCUCUCGUCUGAUUGGCUCGGAGACGUCAGCCGUCUGCUGCACUGUCGUGUAAAGUUCUUCACUUUCAUAUUUGCACUGAGCGACUUUUGUGCGUUUGGCCCAAUCGUGAAGAUGAGUCCUCGCAAACCGCUCCCCGUUCGUCGACCUCGUGUACGCUGAAACCUUUGGUACGAUUUUUGCACUUCAGGUGAGGAAAGGUGGAGUCUGAAUGUAGGUGUGGAGCUCCAGGAAGAGGAGCGCGCUGUGAAUGUCACUGAAAUAUUUCCUGAGAAUGAGCCUGGGUCCGCUUCGGGGUUUUAUCAUUGAGCUAGUGUUACUUGGCCGUCCUUUAGUUCCCGCAGCAGCGUUUCCUCCACUGUCUCGAGCCCCACGCAGGUAAACGAGUCAGCUGACCCUUCAGAGGGCGACAGGUGAUCGUAAACAGCCGUUUUCUUCCUUCAGCUCGCUCAGAGAGAUCUGAGCAGACUUGGGCGUUGAAGGUCAAACCCCACCCACUCUCACACCUUUGCGCACCUGACCAACCACUGCACAAACAGAAUCGUUCAAAGUUACAGAGAAACGAACAGAAAUGACCCGACUUCAUUAAAAGUGUGGUGUGGGGUGGAUGAGUCGGGUGGUGUUUGAAUCUCUGUGUUUCCUUCAUGCAUCUGGUAACACGUCGGUGUGUGAGGCGGCGCGCUCCGUACGACGGCCGGGAUCCUGGAGGCGACCGCCGCUCUGACUGUCGGGGCGUCAUUACCAAAAAAAUAAGAAAAGAAGAGGUUUUUACUGUGACGACUACUGAACUACAGCUUCCCCAAGCUGCACUGGAACAAGCUGGCGUUCAGAUGAACUGGACCCGAGCGCAUUCAGACACUGGGAACACUGGAACACUGGAGCCGGGACUUGAGCGCCCUGCGGGCACUUCCAUGAUGUCAAACGGUGAACGUGGGGGUAAACCUGCACACUGAAGGACUGCAGAUGUGCUGACAUGUUGUCUGUGGUGUGGGGAGCAGUAAGCUGUGCUUCUCACCUGUUAAUAAAACAGUGUGGGCGGGACCAAGGUGCUCUCCGUCUUUGAUCUGUACGCAGGUUCAAUGCUUCCAGGAAUUCCACAGGUAAUCCUGAAAACCAGAGUCUACUGUGCAAAAGUCUUGAGCCUCAGCUCAUUUCUUUUUGUUUCCAAAGAGCCGACUUGGCGAUUGUUUAAGUUGACCAAUACUUCUUUAGCUUCUGAAGGUAUUUCAGUCCAGUCCUUGGACCAGACCGUUUUCAGACCAGUGUUUUUGUUAAGCCUCUGAGCUCUGACCUUUGAACCUUUUGAGCAUCAUAAGGCUCCGAGGAGGUCCAACAGUGAGACUGCAACCAUCUGUGAAGCACGUUGGAGGAGUGGUCAUGGUUUCAGCUACAUGUCAGUGCUGUUCUUUGAUGAACUGAUGAAUUAUGAACUCAGAGAAGUUCCAUCAGAGAAAGCUGAGUUGAGACCACUCGCACCAGCUCGUUAGUGUGAUUCAAACUGUUCUUCACUGAUAUUCUGUAUUUCGUGAACAUGGUUCAGAGAAUCACUGCAAAAUAUGAAAAAAUGAGGGAGACUCGAGACCUUUGCACAGUAAAAAGUCUGUGGGAGGGGAAAAGCAAAGAUGGUGACAGAAGUAAAAGUACAUGUCUGUGUAUUUGGUGUUUUAUUAAUUCAUAACAGCCCCCUCGAGGUGCUUUAUAUAGAAAUGUAAUGAUACAGUGUUAGAAAACCGAGCGGUCGGAUGAUUGCUACCACUCAGUGAAAGUGGGAAGGAAAAACUCCCUUUUAACAGAAGCAGGCUCAGAGAGGGAAGAAGAAAGAAAACACAAACUCUGGCAGAGAGCUGAUGGAUUUAUAAAAGUUUUUUUUUAAAGGACUUUGGUCCGGCCCUGAAAAUGUUCCUCCUGCACAAAGAAGUCCGAGAUAACAGUGAGAACGUCCAGCUGCUCCUCGGAAGAACCCCAGCUGUGUUUCAGCUCCAGGCUGACGGCGCUCACAGAUGUGAGAAGCAGAGCAGCUUUAGUAACAGCUGCUGUUCAUUCGACAAGGUCCUGCCCAUUAUUACUUUGAUACAAACAAAAUGAAAUGAUGUCCUGAUGCAUGCUCAGGCAUCCAGGUAAGGAAAUCCCAAAAUGAUCAGAGGUGAUGACAAUUUGCAUAUUAAUGAUCAUAAACGGACCUCCCAGCUUCAUUCAGUGGGCUGGUUUCAGUCACUACUGUUGGAAACCUGCAGUCAGCUGAGACUGAAGGAGUCACCUGAUGAUGGUGAAACGUUUCUCCCACUGAAAACAUCCAGAUAAACAGAAUCAACUGUUUGAGUAAAUUAAUCUGUAUUAUCAUCAGUGAUUGUGUAGUUAUUGGUAUUUUCGAGUCUGCUGUGAUGAAAGUACCCUUCUCUGUCGUCGUGGUUACGGUAUCAGUGAGAUGGAUCCAUCUGCAGCUCAUCAGAGGAUUUGAUCCUCCAUCAUGACUCAAAAUGACCAAAAUAGACUUGAAAUCAUUUAAUGAACCAAAACUUUCAGCACAGGUAUAAUGAGCCAACAUUUCACAACAAAAGUUAGAUUUGUGUGGCAGAAUGUGUGCGUCUGCUCCCAUCAGCCACCUGGGCCCCAGGCUGGAAACCAUUACAAUAACUAUCAUUAAAAUCACGCCGCUGAAGCUUUGACCUCACAGGUCAAAUGUAAUCUAUGACAUCAUUCUAAUAACACACCAGCACGAGCUCCGCCCUCAAAUCGUCAUCUGCAGCCAGACAUCUGGA